GAGUCUGUUAACAGUAACGCUACUAAGCUUAAAUUAUGGGGGACUUAUUCAGAUGUUGUUCUGUUGGUGUGACCCUUUUUGUGUUAAUUAUAGCAGUUUCAGCAACCGUCACGCAGAAAAUUCUUAAUGUGCCUCUGUACGAGACGAGCCGGUUGUGGAUGUCCAAAUGGAAAUUCCCUCAAAUUCAGUUUGGGACAGACUACAUGUCAAUAAUUUCCUAUAUAUUUUUAGCAGUGUUGUCUUAUCCACUUUACAAAUUAUACGGUAUUUUAUUUCUUCCUAUGAAUCGGGUGAAGAAUUUAGGUGAUGUUGGAUAUAUUCCGGAGGGGCACCUGUCUAUGAAGGACAUGGUGAAUAGGGUGAGGAAACAGAGAGCAGUGGGAGAUAUACCUCCCGUGUACCCUAACGGCUGGUUUGGACUGAUAGAAGGAUUCAAAAUCAAACCCGGGGAAGUGCAAAAUAUUUCUGUUCUAGGCUUAAAUUUAGCAGUUUUUCGUGGAGAAGAUGGGACUGCUCACGUGACCGAUGCCUAUUGCCCACAUAUGGGUGCCAAUCUUUCUGUGGGUGGGCGAGUUGUGGGCGACUGUCUAGAAUGUCCAUUUCAUGGUUGGCAAUUCAGAGGCAAUGACGGACAAUGUACAAAAAUUCCUUAUUCUGACAAAGUUCCAGAGUUUGCCAAAGUGAAGAGUUAUAUAUCAGACGAAGCGAAUGGCUAUAUCUACUUUUGGUACCACGCUGAAGGGAUAGAGCCCACGUGGACGGUACCUAGGAUAGAGGAAAUUCACAAUGGGGAUUGGAUAUACAGAGGGAGAACGGAGCACUACAUUAGCUGUCAUAUAGAGGAAAUACCUGAAAAUGGGGCGGAUCUUCAGCACCUAGAGUGUGUUCACAGUCCUCUCAUUACGUCAGGGAUAGAUUUACGUCACAUGUGGAACGAACUUUGGUCGUUCGGUAGUCACACGUGGACAGCUCAAUGGGAACCAAGUCCGCCCCCUAACGAACAUAUUGGCACACUCCGACUAACGCAUUCCAUGAACCUGUUUGGAAAGGCUCUCCGACCUAUUGACAUGGAUGUCACUGCGAGACAGAUAGGACCUGGUAUUGUAUAUCUAACAUUUGAUUCGCCCAUAGGAAGUGGGGCAUUUGUUCAACACCUUGUUCCCACAGAACCACUGCUCCAGAAGUUAGUCCAUAACCUGUACUUCCAGAAGAAUAUGCCAGCAUUUGUGGGCAAAUUUUUCUUACUAGGAGAGGCCAUUCAGUUGGAAAGAGACAUAAUGAUUUGGAACAACAAACGAUAUGAAAGGAAACCAAUGUUUGUGAAAUCAAAAGAGGACUCUCUCGUUGCUAAACAUAGAAGAUGGUAUUCUCAGUUCUACUCCGAAAAUAGUCCCAGAUUAAAGUUCCAGAAAGAGUCAUUAGACUGGUGAAUGGUGAUACACUGUGUUUUAUUCUCUUUAGAGGACCUGGUAUACAAAACUUGGGAAAACAGUGUCACUUUUUUUUUAAUAAAGUUGUGAAUUAGCAAUCUUGACAACAAUCAUUUCUUCGGUCUGUCAUAACUUGUUUUGGAUUCAAAAUGAUUUUAUUACACAUAAUUUAUCAAUAUGCUUUUUAUGCUUCAGGUUUAAUGAUACCUGAACGCAUAAAUAUGCUUCCAAAUGCUUUUAGUGCCAAAACAAUCUGGUUUUACCGUGGCAUUAAUGUGAUAGGGUUUGCAAAGGUAGUCAACUGCUGUACACUAAAUACAUUAACACCUCACACAUAUCGCUGAUUUAAUGUGCAAUUCUCAUACUUCAAUGCAACACAUACAUACAAAUGUAUUUAUAUACAUGUACAUGUAUAUUUAUGCUAUUUUGUUUGUUCUUUGAUCAUGUAGUGAGUACAUUUAUAUACAAUUCU